AUAAAGAUGGUGGAUUGACUGCUCAUCUAACUAAACAAUUACAUUUUGGUAGAAAUCAAUUACGGCCAUGGAUGAUUAUAAAGAUUAAUUUAAUGUAAUUUGAAAAGUACGUCACAUAUUUGUUUGUAUUGUAUAGUACUGACUUAAAUUAUGGAAGGUAUAAAGCUUGGAGUGCGAGAGCAACAAUAUUAUGCUGAAUUAUUUCAAGCUUGUGAUGCUGAAGGAAGUGGAAAAAUUACUGGACAAAAAGCAUCGGAGCUAUUCCUUGCUUCUGGAUUAAACCCCGAUAUUUUAAAACAAAUUACAGAAUUAUGUGGAGCCAAACGUUUGGGUCACUUUGGUAGAAGCCAGUUUUACAUUGCCUUAAAGCUUGUUGCACUUGCACAGUCUGGACAACCAGUAAAGCUAGAUGCAUUGAAUUCUG